GUGGUCUCGUGCAGCGUGGCCGCGCCCCCGGGCUUUCCCUGGGGCGCGCCGGACCACCUGUCUCCGGCCGCGCCCCGCCCCUUUCCCGAGGGGUGGGAGAAGAGGGCGGAGAGGACGGUCGAGGCUUUACCUUGCGCAGCGGUCGCCCGGCGCAUGCGCAUGGCCGGACAGGUCCGCGGCGCCCUCACUUCCUGGCACUCCCCCUCCCCCCUUCGCCGUUACCCUGUACAUCCGGGUCUCUUGCCCUCCCCACUCCAAGCCGCCGUCGCCGCCGUCGCCUGGCUCUUCGCGGCUCCGCCAGAGGGGCAGGUGCGGAGGGGCUCCCGGUCCGGCCGCCGCCGCCCGCUCCGGGCCCGGGGCUCCCCCUAGCGCCGUGACGAGCCGCCGGCGGCUGAGAGAAGCGCGGCCGAGUGCCCGAGCUCGCGGCGGAUAGAAGGACAAGGACAGAAUCACCAGCACUGGCUGAAGGUACCUUAACAUGGGGAAUCUUCUUAAAGUUUUGACAUGCACAGACCUUGAGCAGGGGCCAAAUUUUUUCCUUGAUUUUGAAAAUGCCCAGCCUACAGAGUCUGAGAAGGAAAUAUAUAAUCAGGUGAAUGUAGUGUUGAAAGAUGCAGAAGGCAUCUUGGAGGACUUGCAGUCAUACAGAGGAGCUGGCCACGAAAUCCGAGAGGCAAUCCAGCAUCCAGCUGAUGAGAAGUUGCAAGAGAAGGCAUGGGGUGCAGUUGUGCCACUAGUAGGCAAAUUAAAGAAAUUUUACGAAUUUUCUCAGAGACUAGAAGCAGCAUUAAGAGGCCUUCUGGGAGCCUUGACUAGUACACCAUACUCCCCCACCCAGCAUCUAGAGCGAGAGCAGGCUCUUGCUAAACAGUUUGCAGAGAUUCUUCACUUCACACUUCGGUUUGAUGAACUCAAGAUGACAAAUCCUGCCAUACAAAAUGACUUCAGCUACUACAGAAGAACAUUGAGUCGUAUGAGAAUUAAUAAUGUCCCGGCAGAAGGAGAAAAUGAAGUAAAUAAUGAAUUGGCAAACCGAAUGUCUUUGUUUUAUGCUGAGGCUACCCCGAUGCUGAAAACCUUAAGUGAUGCAACAACAAAAUUUGUAUCGGAGAAUAAAAAUUUGCCAAUAGAAAAUACCACAGAUUGCUUAAGCACCAUGGCAAGUGUAUGCAGAGUCAUGCUGGAGACACCGGAAUAUAGAAGCAGAUUUACCAAUGAAGAGACAGUAUCAUUCUGCUUGAGGGUAAUGGUGGGUGUCAUAAUACUCUAUGACCACGUCCAUCCAGUGGGAGCAUUUGCCAAAACUUCUAAAAUUGAUAUGAAAGGUUGUAUCAAAGUUCUUAAGGACCAACCUCCUAAUAGUGUAGAAGGUCUUCUCAAUGCUCUCAGGUACACAACAAAACAUUUGAAUGAUGAGACUACCUCCAAGCAAAUUAGGUCCAUGUUGCAGUAAGAGCUGUGGAGCAAGCCCCUGCUGCAGAUGGAGCACACAGUGUUCUUCAGUGACCGAGAAUGCACAGUCUUAGUGAAUGCCAUUAAAUCUCCUUAUUCUUGCUUUGGUUUCUUUCCUCUGUCCCUCUUCCCACUUUUUUAAUCAUGUUCUUAUUCUUAAGACUUCUUUUCUGUGCCAAAAUCAGUAAAGUUAUACUUUGAAAGGGGUUUUGUCCUUUCAAAACAGGCCAUCUAAGGCAGCUAAUUACGCAUUGCAUUGAGGUCUCUACUGAGAAAAGUUCUGUGACUUGAACUAAAUAUUUUUAAAUGUGGAUUUUUUUUGAAAACUAAUAUUUAAUAUUGCUUCUCCUGCAUGGCAAAACUGCCUAUUCUGCUAUUUAAAACCCUCAUAAAUUUAUUUUCUACUGCCGCUUUUUCAUGUGCAGCCAAAAUGGAAAUGUUUAAAUUAACUGUGUUGUACAAAUGGUACCCAACACAAACUUUUUUUAAAUUAGUAAGACUUUUGUUUAAAGUUUUAAGUUUGCAGUUUGACUUUUUUUGUAAGGUUGUAUGUUGUGUGUUUAACCUUUAUUAACUAACGUUAAAAACUGUGAUGUGUGCGUAGAAUAUUACGUAUGCAUGUUCAUGUUAAAGAAUGGCUGUUGGUAAAAUAAAAAUCAGCUUUCCUUUUUCUAA